UCGCGUGGUCCGAUCGACUAGUCCGAUCAAUCGGAAUACGAAGUUUUUUUUUUCCUGUUGGCUCGAUUGAUCGGACUAUAAAGACUUAGAAAAUCCUGUCAGUCCUACUAUCGGUGUAAUGGGAUUUUAAAAGUUCGUCUAGUUCGAUCGAUCGAACCACGAGGACGUUUUUUUUCCUGUUGCAUCGACUGAUCGGACGUAACCGUAGACUUGAUAUUUUUCUAAGUCCGGAUGACACAUAAAGGUUAUCUAAACUCAUUACUAGACACUGGCAUUUGAUAAACUUUCUUGAAUUUUAUUUGAUGCGAUGUCAGUAGGAACCUAAUGUCAACAUCUGAUCAAUAUCAAUUUAUUAAACUGGACGGACGGAAGAUGGAAGAAAUAAUAGAUCACAACGAAAUCGUUUUCUUACGCCGUAAAGGUGGUUGUGUAUUACUAAAUAAGGGGCAUCAAUAUCAUAAAAAUAAAAAGUAUAAAAAAGGGCCGUCAGUAUGGAUAUGCUGUAAUAAAAAAAAAACAAAAAUGCCGCGGAACGAUUACCAUUCAUGUAAGUUUUAAUCAAUUUAUUACAGUUUUUAGACCAUAAUAAAAGUGAAUUAUGAUUUGUUAAUAGUAAUAAGAUUUAUUUAUGCUAAGCUCGUCCUUUAUUAUUUCACACAGGGUGUGCGGAUCUUACAAAAGAAGCCACACGACCGUUGCGUUCCAGAUUAUACAAAAAAUGAACUAGAUUAUCAAAUGGGAAAGAUGCGGAAUGCAGCGAGAAACUCGUUAGAUCCUAUUAAAAGCAUAUACGAACAGCACACAAUACCGUUGAGAGACGCCGGUACUGAUUUAAUAGCUAAAAUUCCUAGUUAUAGCUCCGUGAAAUCUGGUCUGUAUAAUGGUAGAAAACAAGCAGCCGGUGUAACAAAAUUAACAUUUCAACACCCCGCCGAGGUUGAGGUCCCGCUAAAAUUUGACGACUUUAAAUUGGAAGAGUAUAGAUGUGAUGAAACUUGCAUAAUAACAUUCUGCUCAGAAGAAGCUAAAAAAAGGAUUAACACCUAUAAGAUAUUUUAUGGCGACGGUACGUUCCACAGUUGCCCAUCACCUUUUCAACAGUUGUACACAAUUCACGGGGAUGUCGGGUCCACCACCGAUAGUCUUAACAUCGUUCCUUUGAUUUAUGUGUUCAUGACGGACAGUACAACACAAAGCUACGUUACUGUUUUUAACAUAAUUAAACGACACUUGCCAGGAUUUAAUCCGUCACAGUUUAUGACUGACUACGAAACUGCAGCAAUGAAUGCCAUCUCCGAAGUAUUUCCGCAAGCUACAGUAAAAGGAUGCUGGUAUCACUAUGCCAGAGCCAUACAGAGAAAGGCCAAUAAGUUGCAAAUUACAAAAAGGCAACAUGACAAGAGAAUUGUUGCUUUGACACAAGUGCUACCAUUUUUACCGGUUGAUUUAAUACUCGAAGGAUGGGAAUACAUCUUGGGUGACCUAUACGAUUCGGAUGAUCACGAAAUGUUUGAAUUUAAAAAAUACUUUGAGGAGCAAUGGUUGAAUCCUAUUCAAUUUAAAGAAAAGUGGUCUGUAUACCGGGAGCUUGUCAGGACAAAUAAUUGUCUAGAAGGAUGGCACAGUAAAAUUAAUGGUCUCGUGGGCAAAAGAAAACGACCAAGCCUACUAAAAUUACUGUCCAUUUUAAAAAUAGAUGCUGAUUAUUAUAUGAUCAAGAUGAAAGGUGGGCUUCGUGAGAAACGAAAGAAAAAUACUAUAAAACGACAAGAAUUUAUUGAGAAAACGUUUGUUAUGCUAGAAGUUACCGUUGAAGUACUCCCGAUACCAUAUUUGCAAAAAGCCAUGAUGUUAUCAAAAUACAACUUCUACCUGCCGCCACAUUCACGAGUGUGCCGCCAACAUAUCGAUGCUGAAAACUGGGACUGCGUCAUUAACGCCAUAAAAUUCCGCGUCGAAAAGCUAGCCAUACACGGACGGUUUUGCCCGUCGGAUCAGCCCGCCAGAUGUACCGCCAGCGGGCACAUCCGUGCGUGUGUGUCGAGAAAUAUAGAUACGGAUCUGCCCGCCGGGCACCCGUCCGCAGGCAAAUCCGUCGGUGUGUGGUGA